ACGAUACUCUUCAAAAAAGUUGUCCAGUUCACUGAUGUCCCAUUAAGAGAUUGAAGUAACAAUUAGUAUUUAGGAUUUAUAAAUAAGGUGACUUAUGCAGUCAAUAAAUAAUUUAUUUUCAAAGCUAACUUUCCGUUCAAAUGAUACUGAAGUUAAACAACAGAUAGAUGUUGGGACAUCAGUUGAUUCCGUCACAGUGUCAGCUGAGGUGAAGGGAGACAACCAGGAGACCACCAAAGUCAUGACUGCAGAGAUGGUGAUGAUGAGGGAGACUGUCUAUGAUCUUAUCAAAGAUAUAAGGGAUCCAGAAAAACCUCAGACGCUGGAAGAAUUAAAUGUUGUAUCUGAAGAUAAUAUAUCUGUGGAGGAAUUUUCUGAUGAUAAAUUAUAUGUGAAAAUAGUAUUUGUUCCUACAGUGCCACAUUGCUCAUUAGCUUCUUUAAUAGGGUUAUGCUUAAGAAGGAAGUUGAUAACCUGUUUUCCCGAAAAACAUAAGCUUGAUAUUUUUGUGAAGGAAGGAAGUCAUGACACUGCUGAUGAAAUUAAUAAACAAAUCAAUGACAAGGAGAGAAUAGCAGCAGCAAUGGAGAACCCAAAUCUACGAGAUCUUGUGGAAAAAUGUAUAAAUGACGAGGGAGGUUAUGGAUAAACUAUUAAAUUAGAUAAUGUAAAAACAAUAUUCUAACAACUACAAAUGGAUCCUGAUUCCUGUGCCAAAUUAUCUCAAACUUCCAAACAUAAUUAUAUUAUAAAACAUCAACAAUAACAACAAUCAGAGUAUCAGUUAUUGUCUAAUAAUGGUGGAGACAAUAUACUUAGGCCAAGGAGCAUUUGUGUGUAAUAAUAAUACGUAUUAAAAUGUGCAAUUAAUGACAUGGUUUAGUGCAAAUGGAGAAUUAUAUCCAUAUACAAUGAAUUUAGUGAAGUUUAGGCUCUUCUAUUAAGCUUCACAGACAUGGUUUACAUUGUACAACAACUUUGUUCAUCCAAAAAGAUUGCUUGAUUUUUGCUAUCAUUGGCUAUAACUUUGUUAUGUAUGAAUGGUUGUCUUCAUACUUGAACGCAACAAUCGUUUGGACACGACCUUCAACUAGACCAAAUUGAUUAUGACCUUAGCUCAUCGGUGACCUUGACCUUGAAGGUCAAAUAAAUGAAUAUUGCUUGAUUUUUGCUACAAUUGGCUAUAAUUUAGUUAUUUUUUGAAUAGAUUGUCGUCAUACUUAAACACAACUACCACAAGGACAAUGUCUUAAAUUUGACCUUGAUCUUUAAAUGACCUUGAACAUGAAGUUAUUGUUAUUUUUCAGUU